AUGGCGCCCAAGACGGCCAGCUCCAGCCGGCUCGUCCUCGACCUUCUGCGGCCUGCCAAACGAUCAACAUGCGAAUGCCUUCACUCCGAACCUCUAAACCGCAGAAUACCUCGCCAAUACCGUAAUGUCUCUACAGCCGCUCCUCAACUGUCCGAGAUGGAGGUAGAUACCGAUCUCCCGCCCCGGUGGUCCCAUACACCAUCCGCCAUGAAAGCCCCCGUUCGUGCAAGCCCGCCGCGGCAGGGAGCAAAGCCUCUUCAGAUCAAUACAGACCAACGGAAACUUGACGAGGUAUACGUCAAGUUUCUAGGACGAGGCGGAGACAAAAUGCUGUCAGAAGAGACGAAGUGGCUUGCGGUCACGAGUAAGAGUUUUGAUCAUGGCCGUCGUGGAUUCAACGACCGCCUGGCUUUUUUCGGAAAACGGAUACUGGAGCUCCAAUGCUCGUUAGGUCUUCUCAGUGUAUCAGAUGCAGCCAUAUUCCUGAAAGACAAGGACAAAGAUCCUCACGGGCGCGAGCCGUUUCGACACCCGGCCAUCGAAUCGGUCGAAUGUCUUAUUGGAGGAGCUCAUGAAUGGUUCACACAUCACAAGCAGCUUGCAAGCAUAGCGACGCAAUACGGUCUACCGGAAGUGAUACGGUGGCACCCGAAAGACCCCGAACGACUCCAAGCAUCCGGUGCAGAUCUCGUGUACGCACAAGCUGUACUAGCAAUCAUUGGAGCGUUGGCUCUAGAGCAAGGAGGCGCCGUGGCCAACCGAAUAGCAAAAGAGAAGGUCUUGGUCCCAUUAGGACUGAAGAGAGACUGGAAGCCGAAAGGAGAUCUGGCAGGACCUUCAAGUUCGCAAAGAUAA